AUGUUGCCUGAGCCUUCCAAGGCUACGGAUCCUGAGCAGCUAUUUCUAUUAGUUGGGCUGAAUGUUACGAAGGAGAAAUCUAUCACGCUUGCACUAGAUGUCAACAAUGUAUAUGUGGUGGGUUAUCUUGAUGCUUAUCAAUAUAAAUAUCGAGCUCAUGUCUUUUCCGAUGCUUCUAAGAUUGCAAAGGAUUCUCUUUGGAAAGAGGCAAAAGAACGCUUACCUAUUAUCACUGCAACA